AUGGCAGCUGGAAACGCGCGCUACGUGCGCUACUUGAUCAUCUCUGUCUUUGCCUUGACUGUGUUUUACUAUGUCACCAACUCCAAGCACGAGGCCAUUGCCGUUCCCGCUGGAUUAGGCCGCACCGUCUCCGCUGCUCCAAAGCAAGACAAGCCUCAAUCUCAGCCCCCCAUCGAGAACUCUUCGGGAAAUACACUCAAAGACGCCCCUCUCGUCGUAACUCCCGGGGCGCCCGGUUGGGAUGAUAAGCUCGUCCAUCCUGCUCCUGGCCCUCGCGUGAAUGCGACCUUCAUUACUUUGGCCCGCAAUACCGACGUUUGGGACAUUGCUCGCUCCAUUCGCCAGGUCGAAGAUAGAUUCAACAACCGAUACAACUAUGACUGGGUUUUCUUGAAUGACGCCGUCUUCGAUGACGUUUUCAAGAGCGUCACUACCUCGCUGGUCUCGGGUAAAACCUACUACGGCAAAAUCGGCCCUGAGCACUGGGGGUAUCCUGACUGGAUCGAUCAGGAAAAGGCCAAGAAGGCGCGCCAGGAAAUGGCCGAGAAGAAGGUCAUCUACGGCGACUCCGAGAGUUACCGCCACAUGUGUCGAUUUGAAUCUGGCUUCUUCUUCCGCCAACCGUUGAUGAUGAACUACGAUUACUAUUGGAGAGUCGAACCAGGCAUCGAGCUGUUUUGUGAUCUUCAUUACGAUCCGUUCCGCGUAAUGAAGGAGAAUGGCAAGAAGUACAGCUUUGUUCUCAGCCUAUUCGAGUAUGCCGAGACCAUCAAAACGCUCUGGGACAGUGUCAAAAAAUUCACCAAGAACCAUCCCGAAUACCUUGCGGCAGAUAACUCGAUGGGAUUCAUCAGCGAUGACGACGGUGAAUCAUACAACAACUGCCACUUCUGGUCCAACUUUGAGGUUGGCGAUCUAAACUGGCUUCGUAGCAAAACUUACAUCGAUUACUUCGAGUCCCUCGACAGGGACGGCGGGUUUUUCUAUGAGCGAUGGGGUGAUGCACCUGUGCAUUCUAUCGCUGCCGCGCUUUUUUUGAACAAGACCGAAAUCCAGUUUUUCAACGACAUUGCCUAUUACCACGUUCCCUUUACACAUUGUCCUACUUCAGAAAAGACUCGAACAGCACUCCGAUGUCACUGCAAACCUCAGGACAACUUUGACUGGAAAGGGUACUCCUGCACGGGGCGAUAUUUCGACUUCAAUAACAUGGUGAAACCUGAGGGCUGGGAGCUGCAGCGCGAUUAA